AUGGAUUAAAAUUUACAACAUUAUUUUGACGCCAAUCAACUUGGACUAAGAAUGUUAAUGCUUCAGAUCAUUAAGUACAAUUCUUGUAUAUUUUAGACUUGAGAUAUCGACAGUGAUUAAGGCAAGUGAUGUAUAUAUAUAUAUAAUAGUAUAAUUCACAAUUAUUACAAUCCCCUUGUAAUUUAAUUAGAGUACUUAAAGUAGAUUCAUCUUGUUUCUUGAAAAUCUAUUUCUGCUUAAUUCAAUCAUCAUACAUUAAUUAUAAUUACUAUAAUCAGGAUUCUAAUUUUGA